UUAGAAAAAAAAAUCUUUGAAACAUUGACCGUUGACGGUCUCCACCAUAAUAAUGUUGUCAGUGAAUUGCUUAACCAAACACAGUUCGUCACCAUUGCUUUAUUGUAAUUGGGAAAAGUUCAGUUUCGGACAUGAACUACCAUUCCUCAGAGUCAGCCGGCGCAGGCCACUUGGUGGUGGUACCUUACCCCGGUCGAGGCCACAUCAACCCCGUUCUCAACACCUGCAAAUUACUGGUUUCAAAUUCCGACAACAUUCUCAUCACCGUCGUUCUCACCGAUGAAUGGCUGGACCUCCUCAGUUCCGAGCCCAAAACCGAUCGAAUUCAGUUCAUGUCGAUUCCAAACGUUGUCCCCUCGGAGAGAGUUAGAGCGGCCGAUAUCAGCGGCUUCGUGAAAGCUGUCUGGACGAAAAUGAAGGAUCCGUUCGAGAGGCUCCUUGACGGCCUUCAGCCACCGGCUACUCUUAUUAUGGCUGAUACUUUUCUCUUCUGGGCUGUUUCAAUCGGAAAUAGCAGGAAUAUCCCGGUGGUCUCCUUCUGGCCUAUGUCCGCCGCCAUGUUCUCGGAUGUUCAACACCAUAUUCUCUUCCAGAAAAGCGGCUAUUCCCCCGUUCUCAUGUCAGAAAAAGAAUAUGCUUCUGCUACAUUCAGCGGGGAAGAACAGAAGAUUAUGUAUGAGGGGAUCAUGCAUGCUUUUUCCUGCUUGCCAAAAGCAAAUUAUCUAUUGAUCUCAUCGACAUACGACCUGGAAUCCCAAACUGUUGAUGUUUUAAGGGCAAAAUUUUCCUUCCCAAUAUUCACGGUAGGCCCUUCCAUUCCUUACUCGAAGCUUGAAGAUAAUUCCUCUUCAUCUUCAUGUAGCAAGGCAAAUGAGCUCAAUUACUUGGACUGGCUUGAUAAGCAGCCCAAAUACUCUGUUUUGUAUAUAUCGUUGGGAAGUUUUCUCUCUGUUUCAAGUGAACAAAUGGAUGAAAUUGCCGCCGGUUUGAAGAACAGCCGUGUCCGGUUCUUGUGGGUGGCGCGUGGGGAAGCAGCUAGGCUGAAGGAGGCUUGCGUUGAAGAUGAAUUGGGGUUGGUGGUGCCCUGGUGUGACCAACUGAGAGUGUUGUCACAUCCUGCCAUUGGAGGAUUUUUGAGUCAUUGCGGCUGGAAUUCUGUUCAAGAAGGUAUCUUUUCCGGCAUCCCUUUCCUUACUUUUCCUAUUGUUGCAGAUCAGAACCUGAAUAGCAAGCUGAUUGUGGAUGACUGGAAGACUGGAUGGAGGAUGAAGAAAAGUUGCGCAAUGGAAAAUUUGGUGACAAGAGAAGAAAUUGCUGAACUGGUGCGAGAAUUCAUGGAUUUGCAAAAUGAUGAGGGGAAGGAAAUGAGGAGAAGAGCUAAAGAGCUUAAAGAGUUGUGUUUGCAUGCCAUUGGUGGAGAUGGAUCAUUGGAAAGAAGCAUCAAAUCCUUCAUCAGCAAUAUUUCCAUUGGAUUUCGUUGAAAUAAUGGUAUAAACAAACAUGUCUUCAGUGUAUGUUUUUGAAAUUCUUAUUUGUGGUUUUAAUUUAUGGCGUAGAGAUUUUGUAAAUUUUAGCUAAAUCUUGUUUGGGCAAUUCAUUCAUCUUAUUUUGGAAUGAAAAAUGAUUUUUUUA